AGGAGCCGCCGCAGCUGGCUCCAGCCCGGAGGGAACCAAACCCGCCGCGGACCAUGAGCCGCCGGGCCCCGGGAGCCCGGCCGCAGUCGGGGCAGCGCUCCGCCGGCGCCCCGGCCCGCGCGGCCCCAGCUGCACGCCUGUAGCUGCAGGGUACCGCGAUGGGACGGGAGCCAUGAACGGUGCCGACUCUGGCGCCGCCGCCGCUACCCCGGUCCCUGUCCCGGACUGGCGGCAGUUCUGCGAGCUGCACGCACAAGUGGCCGCCGUGGACUUCGCGCACAAAUUUUGCCGCUUCUUGCGGGACAACCCGGCCUACGACACGCCCGACGCUGGGACCUCCUUUUCCCGCCACUUCACCGCCAACUUCCUGGACGUCUUCAGCGAGGAGGUGCGCCGCAUGCUGGUGGCAGGGCCAGCGUCGCGGGGGACCCCUGAGCGCGCCAAUGCCAUGGAGCCUGAGCCCGUGGGGACCUCAGCGCUCAAGACUACUGCCUAUGGCCACUCGCGGAGCUCGGAGGACGUGUCGGCGCACGUGGCGGCCAAGGCCCGGGUCCGUAAGGGCUUCUCCCUGCGCAACAUGAGCCUGUGUGUGGUGGACGGUGUGCGGGACAUGUGGCACCGGCGUGCCUCCCCUGAGCCUGAAGCUGGGGCCACCCCGCGGGCCGCUGAGCCCCCUGCGGAGCCACGUGACAAGUGGACGCGUCGCCUGCGGCUAUCGCGGACUCUGGCGGCCAAGGUGGAGCUGGUGGACAUCCAGCGCGAGGGUGCGCUGCGCUUUAUGGUGGCGGACGAUGCAGCCACAGGCCCCGGGGGCACCGCGCAGUGGCAAAAGUGCCGCCUGCUCCUACGCAGGGCGGUGGCUGGGGAACGCUUCCGCCUGGAGUUCUUCGUGCCACCCAAGGCCUCCAGGCCCAAGGUCAGCAUCCCUCUGUCGGCCAUCAUUGAGGUCCGCACCACCAUGCCCUUGGAGAUGCCUGAGAAGGACAACACGUUCGUGCUCAAGGUGGAGAACGGAGCCGAGUACAUCCUGGAGACCAUCGACUCCCUGCAGAAACACUCCUGGGUGGCCGACAUCCAGGGCUGCGUGGACCCUGGCGACAGCGAGGAAGACGCCGAGCUGUCCUGUGCCCGGGGAGCCUGCCUGGCCAGCCGCGUGGCCUCCUGCAGCUGUGAGCUCUUGACAGAUGCGGCAGACCCACCCCGACCCCAAGGACCCCAAGACACAGCGGCAGCUGUGGGCGCCGUGGUGACAGCCCCACACAGCCGAGCUCGAGAGGCCGUCGGAGAGUCCCUGCUCCAUGUCCCACUGGAGACCUUCCUGCAGACCCUGGAGUCCCCCAGUGGCAGCGGCAGUGAUGGCAAUAAUGCAGGGGAGGAAGGAGCCGCUGAGCAGGAUCCCGAGGCUAAGCCAGAGCUGGAGCUCUCUGACUACCCCUGGUUCCAUGGGACGCUAUCACGGGUCAAGGCUGCUCAGCUGGUGCUGGCAGGUGGACCCCGGAGCCACGGCCUCUUCGUGAUCCGCCAAAGUGAGACUCGGCCUGGGGAGUACGUGCUGACCUUCAACUUCCAGGGCAAAGCCAAGCAUCUGCGCCUGUCCCUGAAUGGCCACGGCCAGUGCCAUGUACAGCAUCUGUGGUUCCAGUCCGUGCUUGACAUGCUCCGCCACUUCCACACCCACCCCAUUCCCCUGGAGUCAGGGGGUUCCGCUGACAUCACCCUGCGCAGCUAUGUGCGGGCCCAAGGCCCCCCACCUGACCCCGGGCCAUCGCCCAGCACCGUGCCCGCGCCCUCCGCCUGCUGGACCGAGUCAGCCGGCCAGCACUACUUCUCCAGCCUGGUCUCUGCCUCCUGCCCUCCCGCCUCGCCCUCCGAUGCGGCUGGUGCCUCGUCCUCGUCCGCCUCGUCGUCCUCAGCAGCGUCGAUUCCCGCGCCCCCGCGCCCGGCGGAGGUCCCGCUGAGCGCGCGCAGCCGCAGCAACAGCGCCGAGCGCCUGCUGGAGGCCGCAGUCGGCGCCCCCGAUGAGACCCCGGACGCGGCGCCGGGCCGCGCGCGCGCCGUGGAGAACCAGUACUCCUUCUAUUAGAACCGCAGCGCGCCGCCACGCCCCCCGCGGACGCCACGCCCCCGGCGGCCCGGCCACGCCCACUGGCCCCAGCCUAGCGCUGGUGGGAAAAGCGAAGCUCUUCAGUGAAGACAUAAUGUUAUUAAAGAGCCUGUUUUA